AUGGCCAGUUCAGCCCGAGAACAUCUGCUUUUUGUGCGCCGCCGCAACCCACAGCUCCGGUAUACUCUGAGCCCAGAGAACCUGCAGAGUUUGGCAUCUCAGGGCCCCAUGGCUGAGAACAUGAACUUGCAGCGUGCCAACAGUGACACAGAUUUAGUAACCUCGGAUAGCAGGUCUAGUUUGACAGCCAGUAUGUACGAAUACACCUUGGGGCAAUCUCAGAACCUCAUCAUUUUCUGGGAUAUUAAGGAAGAAGUAGACCCAACUGACUGGAUAGGACUUUAUCACAUAGAUGAGAACUCUCCAGCCAAUUUCUGGGAUUCCAAGAAUCGGGGAGUGACUGGCACACAGAAAGGACAAAUUGUGUGGCGAAUUGAACCUGGCCCCUAUUUUAUGGAAUCUGAAAUAAAGAUCUGUUUUAAAUACUACCAUGGUGUUAGUGGAGCCCUCCGAGCUACUACUCCAUGUAUCACUGUGAAAAACCCUGCUGUGAUGAUGGGAGUAGAAGGCACGGAUGAAGGUGCUUCUGGAGCCCAGCACUCUAGGAAGUUAGUCAGCUUUACAUUGUCAGAUAUUAGAGCAGCUGGACUUAAAAAAGGCAUGUUCUUCAACCCUGAUCCUUACCUGAAGAUGUCCAUUCAGCCAGGCAAGAAAAGUACAUUUCCUACAUUUGCUCAUCAUGGCCAGGAAAGAAGGUCGACUAUCAUCAGUAACACAACUAAUCCUAUUUGGCACAGAGAGAAAUAUUCUUUUGUUGCACUUCUAACAGAUGUCCUGGAAAUUGAGGUUAAAGACAAAUUUGCCAAGAGUCGUCCAAUCAUCAAGCGCUUUCUUGGGAAAUUAACCAUACCAGUUCAGAGACUACUGGAGAGGCAUGCAAUUGGAGACCAAGUUGUCAGCUAUAACCUUGGCAGAAGGCUCCCAGCUGAUCAUGUAAGUGGGUAUCUCCAAUUCAAGGUGGAAAUCACAUCUUCUGUUCAUGAAGAUGCUUCACCAGAAACAGUUGGCACUUUGCUGGGAGUGAACUCCGUAAAUGGAGACUUGGGGAGCCCCUCUGAUGAUGAGGACAUGCCACCAGGACAUCAUGAUACAUCCACAGUGUGUUCCAAUGGUCCAGUCCUUGAGGAUUCUUCUGGAGAAGCAAUCCUGAGACACCCUUUAAGGACUAGUAGAACUUUGGAAACGGACCAAGAUGAGUUGACCUCUGGUGCUUCAAGAUCAUCACCUACCAGAGGUCGCCAGGACUCACUAAAUGACUAUCUGGAUGCAAUAGAACACAAUAAUCAUCCCAGACCUGGGACGUCUGCCUGUGGUGAGCGUCCACGUGGAGCAUCCCCAAAACUGAGGAGUAGCUUCCCUACUGACACAAGACUUAACGCUAUGCUUCACAUUGACUCAGAUGAAGAGGAACAUGAGCUGCAUCAAGACCUGGGUUUUCCGUCUUCCUUGGAAGACGAUGGUGGUUUAGUAAUGCUUAAUGGUGCUACAAGGAACGUUGAAAGGAAUGGUUUAAGUUACUCAUCAGAUCAGGUAAUGCAAGGACCUGCAGAGAAUGAAAACGUUUCAGCCUCUGAAGUUCCUUUGCCAUCAACUGAUGACCAGCGAGAGACUCUCCCAGAGCUUCCACCGUCACAGUUAGCAGGAAGUAAAAGCCUUCAAGGUUCUCAAAGUGAAGCACCAGCAGACCAGGCUGGCAGCGAGCCGGGUACCACUCAGGAGGCAGAGCAGCCUCCUAGCAGUGUGGACGCAGGAGCUGCCGAUGCCGCUGCUGGGAGCAGAAGGGGCAUUAGUGAAACGGAAUCCACUGAUCAAGGGUCUGAACCUUCCCAGAUAUCAUCAGAAACCGAGCAGAGUGAUCCUGCUCGCACGGAAAGUGUCAGUGAGGCCAGUACCCGGCCAGAAGGGGAGAGUGACGCGGAAGGGGCAGACAGCUCUUGCAAUGAAAGCGCGACUGUGCGACGGUCUUCAGUGGAAAUGCGGUGUUCUUCAUUUGAAAAUGCCAGGUUUCCUGAGACUCCAGCCUUCUCUUCUCAGGAGGAGGAAGAGGGAGCUUGUGCCACCGAUGCAGCUAGAACUGAGCCAGGUGCUGAACCACAGGACUCUGCAAGUACUUCUGGUUCACUGCCUGUGGUACAGUUACCUCAGGAGGAAGGACAGGAAGCCGAGGCAGGUGAAUUACAAGACCAAGAGGAAGCAGAAGAAAUCUGGCAAAGAAGAAGAAGCCUGCAGGCGACCGCUGCCAAUAGCCAGUCUCAGGAUGAAGAAACUGAAGGAGCCCAAGCAGCUUGUGAGGGUGCUACAGCACAGGUUGAAGGAGCUACUGGAGGUGCUCAAGCCAAUGGCCAUCAGCCCUUGAGGUCUCUGCCUUCAGUACGUCAGGAUGUUAGCCGGUACCAGAGAGUGGAUGAGGCUCUACCACCAAACUGGGAAGCUCGAAUUGACAGCCAUGGACGGAUAUUUUAUGUGGACCAUGUGAACAGGACAACAACCUGGCAGCGACCCACAGCCCCCCCAGCCCCACAGAUUCUCCAGAGGUCAAAUUCCAUACAGCAAAUGGAACAGCUGAAUCGCCGGUACCAGAGCAUCCGAAGAACAAUGACUAAUGACAGGCCUGAAGAGCAUGCAAACGCGGUGGAUGGAGCUGGAGAGGAGACUGACUUUCACCAUUCUAAUGCAGAUUUUCGAAGAGAGAAUGUGCUGCCUCACUCUACCUCCAGAUCCAGACUUACUUUAUUGCUCCAGUCUCCCCCUGUGAAAUUCCUUAUCAGCCCAGAAUUCUUUACAGUGCUGCAUUCUAACCCUAGUGCCUACCGCAUGUUUACAAAUAACACGUGUUUGAAGCACAUGAUCACCAAAGUCCGGCGGGACACCCACCACUUUGAGCGCUACCAGCAUAACCGUGACUUGGUGGGCUUCCUCAACAUGUUUGCCAACAAACAGCUGGAGCUGCCCAGAGGCUGGGAAAUGAAACAUGACCAUCAGGGCAAGGCUUUCUUUGUUGACCACAAUUCCCGCACCACCACGUUCAUUGACCCCCGGCUUCCCUUGCAGAGCAGCAGGCCCACUAGUGCGUUAGUCCAUCGGCAGCACUUAACAAGACAACGCAGCCACAGCGCUGGUGAGGUCGGAGAGGACUCCCGUCAUUCAGGACCACCAGUUUUGCCAAGACCAUCUAGCACAUUUAAUACAGUCAGCAGAGCUCAGUACCAGGACGUGGUUCCAGUGGCUUACAAUGACAAGAUUGUUGCAUUUUUGCGGCAGCCCAAUAUUUUUGAAAUUCUACAAGAGCGUCAACCAGAACUUACCAGGAAUCAUUCACUCAGGGAGAAGAUCCAGUUCAUCCGGACAGAGGGAACACCUGGGUUGGUGCGUUUAUCCAGUGAUGCAGACCUUGUCAUGUUACUCAGCUUGUUUGAGGAGGAGAUAAUGUCAUAUGUGCCGCCACAUGCCUUACUUCAUCCUAGUUAUUGCCAGUCCCCAAGAGGCUCGCCGGUGUCUUCACCUCAGAACUCUCCAGGUACUCAGCGUGCCAAUGCCCGAGCUCCAGCUCCUUACAAAAGAGAUUUUGAAGCCAAGCUGAGGAACUUUUACAGGAAGUUGGAGACUAAAGGAUAUGGACAAGGCCCAGGAAAAUUGAAAUUAAUCAUUAGGAGAGAUCACUUGCUAGAAGAUGCCUUUAACCAGAUCAUGGGCUACUCAAGAAAAGACCUGCAGAGAAAUAAACUCUAUGUCACGUUUGUUGGGGAAGAAGGGUUGGACUACAGUGGACCUUCAAGAGAGUUUUUUUUCCUGGUGUCUAGAGAGCUCUUCAAUCCAUAUUAUGGUUUGUUUGAAUAUUCAGCCAACGAUACCUAUACAGUACAAAUAAGUCCCAUGUCUGCUUUUGUAGACAAUCACCACGAGUGGUUCAGGUUUAGUGGUCGAAUUCUUGGUCUUGCUCUGAUACAUCAGUAUUUGCUAGAUGCCUUUUUUACACGACCUUUUUAUAAAGCCCUCCUCCGAAUACUCUGUGACCUGAGUGACCUGGAAUAUCUCGAUGAGGAGUUUCACCAGAGUUUGCAGUGGAUGAAAGACAAUGAUAUACAUGACAUCCUAGAUCUCACGUUUACUGUAAAUGAAGAAGUUUUUGGGCAGAUCACAGAACGGGAACUAAAGCCAGGAGGUGCCAACAUCCCGGUCACUGAAAAGAACAAGAAAGAGUAUAUAGAAAGAAUGGUGAAAUGGAGAAUUGAGAGAGGUGUUGUACAACAAACAGAAAGCCUGGUUCGUGGUUUCUAUGAGGUAGUUGAUGCGAGGCUCGUGUCUGUAUUUGAUGCCAGAGAACUGGAACUGGUUAUAGCUGGAACAGCAGAAAUUGACUUGAGUGAUUGGAGAAAUAAUACAGAGUACAGAGGAGGUUAUCAUGACAAUCACAUUGUAAUUCGGUGGUUCUGGGCUGCUGUGGAGAGGUUCAACAAUGAACAACGACUAAGACUUCUACAGUUUGUUACAGGCACGUCCAGCAUACCUUAUGAAGGAUUUGCCUCUCUACGGGGGAGCAAUGGUCCAAGAAGGUUCUGUGUAGAGAAGUGGGGGAAGAUCACUGCUCUUCCAAGGGCUCACACUUGUUUUAAUCGUCUGGACCUUCCCCCUUAUCCAUCAUUCUCUAUGUUAUAUGAAAAACUGUUGACAGCAGUUGAAGAGACAAGUACUUUUGGACUUGAGUGA